ACGCCACAGUGUCAGGAGACGAAGACGAAAGAAUAAAGAAGCAUCUUUCUCUGAAUCUGACUGUCAACUGCUACUCGGAUUGGUAACGGUCGUCCAGAAAGAAACCGUUUGAACGAUGGUGUUCCCAAGAUUGCUUGGCUCAUCCUUGUGGGCCCGUGCGUUCAUCAUGGUAUACUGCCUCUACUAUCAAGCCACAGUUUGUGGGACAUUUACGUCCGGUUCUCGAAGCACAUUCACUACUGUUAUUGACACUACAGCGAGCAUGGGUGACGAUAUUGCUGAGGUCUGUGACGUUAUGACUGAUCUAUCUACUUCAGUGGCUCGUCGGUUCAAUGAGUUUGUCUUCGUUCCGUUCAACGAUCGUGGCGGCAGACUGACACCCUACGGCCCUGCACAGCGACUUCCGUCGGCUGAUGCACUGCGACAGACCGUGUGCAGCUGGAGAGGCCGGGUGAGCGGAGGUGGAGAUUGUCCUGAGCUGUCUCUGAGCGGUCUGUCACUCGCCGUCCAGGAGUCCAGUCCCGACUCUGUCAUCAUGGUCUUCACAGAUGCCAGUGCAAAGGACUUGGACAAACUAGGUGCUGUGCUGUCUGAGAUUCGCAGGAAGAGGCUGAAGGUGUUCUUCCUGUUGAGUCAAACAUGCGGGGAUAGUCGAGGUGCAGGCUACAGGGCGUAUUACACCUUGUCGGCUACGUCCGGUGGCCAGGUAUCCAAUCUGCGCGAAGUCAACAUCCCUACGCUGCUCAGGUUCAUUCUCUCCGGAGAGGGUUCCCUGACCUGUCCUUCCAACUCCCUGGUCCUGGCCCAAAGCUCGCCGACUCAAUGGGCCAGAACGUUCACCGUUCCAGCCAACACCGACAUUCUCACAGCACAAGUAAGCUGUGAAAGAGGAAGACCCUCCGUGGCAUUGCUCUUCAAUAAUUUUGCUGACACCAACAAAGUAUCCACCUCCAAUCUGCCCAACGGUGUUCUGUUGACAAUCCGAGAUCCAGAGAGUGCCAUUGGAACUAUUCGUGUGGGUCAUUCCUCUGCUUGUGCAGUCAGCGUCAACUCGGCUGGAUGCGACCAGGCGUUUGCACGUAUCUUUGGAUUCUCCGCACGUCGUACUGACACAGUGUCCCCAGUACCAACAGCCGAGGUGUCUCUACUUCACUUUCAAAGUCAGCCGGGAGUACGAAUCACUCGCUUGCGCUUCCUCUCACCCGAUGGCCGUGCUUUAAACGAACGGACUCUCAACGCCCAGGUGAGGAAUGCUGACGGAACGAUCACCCUCGGUAGAUAUCGACUUCCCGCGGAGACUUUCCGCCUGGAGGUGUCCGGAGUAGAUUCACGGAACCGGCCAUUUGUGACCGUGUCCACCACUGCCUAUGAUCCGUCUUUGCUUACAAGCCCCUCUGUCAUCACGGACGUGCCAGCCGCCAAUCGCUUCACGGCAGUACGCUGCUCUGAGGUGACCGUGAGGUGCUCAGUGAGCCUGGAUGGCGCUGAAGUGCCCGUCACCUGGGCCAAAGACGGCAGGAGCAUCUCGGCCGACGAGCGGCUGAACAUCGGCGGCACGCGCGGGGAGGUGCUGACGUUCAAGACGGUGGUGCGCAGCGACAGCGGUGUGUAUACAUGCUACCCGGCCACUGCGUCCGGAACCAGAGUAUCGGCUUCACUGCACAUGGCCGUGCAAGACAACCCCAGCAUCACGGAGGAGGACUGUAAUGUCUGCACAACACUGGUCUGCCCUGAUUCGCCAGUCACCGCCUGGUACCACAACAGCACUCGACUGACCUCUAACCCAGUUUACAUGUUUGAAGGUCCCAGCACGUUGAAAUCAUGCCGUCGACCCUUGGCUGAUCGAGCAGGCCAGUACACGUGCGUGACUGCGCGCGGAAGAUGGGCGUUCACGGUGUCCUCAACCUUCCAGACGUCCAUUGGCACGCUUUCGGAAUCGUCAUCCCGACGUGAAACUGUGUUGGGCGGCUGUGAAGUUUUCGACAGUACGGAGAAUGGUGCCGUGGCAUACGCUGCCCAGGGCCGUGGUACACGUGCAGAGUUCUCUUGCCAGCCUGGCUACACUCUAUCAGGACGUGCACGAUCAGACUGUGUCUCGGGUACUUGGUCAUCAGCAACCCCACCAGUGUGUCUUGUGACGCUCACUGCUCCACCAGCCACCACACCACCUCCAGCACCGAGUACUGUGGUGGGAGGUUGCGAGUACUUGCCAGCCAUUGACAAUGCCAGAGUGCGCUACACGACAGUGGAUUGCACAACUCGUGCCGCAAUCAUCUGCAGCCAUGGUUACACAGUGGGUGGCCAGGCUCGCAAUGUCAUACACUGUGUGGCUGGAUCAUGGACCGCCAGCGCUGGUAGGUGUGUUGCUCUGCCAGCGCCAACACUACCACCGCCACCGCCCACAACAUCCGCACCAGACUGUGACGGUCCACUUCGAGCAGCCCAGGCGCUGGCCCAGACUCUCCAGCGUACGAUCGUCGCUAUGCAGCAGCAAAUCGUUGCUCUGAGGAGCACAGUCCUCGCAAAGGACAAGGAGAUUAGUGACCUCACAGAUCAAGUGGAAACCCAUCAGCUGACCAUUACCGGACUGCGAACCACCAUCGGUGAACAGGUGAACGCGCUGUCAGCGCUCACAACCAUUCAAACGGAGAAUGAUCGCCUCAAGGAGCAGGCGGCAACGGCACGCCUCACUGUCCAGCAACUGACUGGCCAAGGUGACACGCUGAGAGCAACUGUAACAGCAGAACAGGAGAAAGUCAAGGACUGCCAGGCCAAGCUCAGUGUUAUUCAGGGAGUGCUGGGAACAUGCCCAGCGCCAUGAUCAGCAAUGACAGCCACUCGCAGCCUGAUCGGGCAGCACAGUCAUGCAUGUCAUGAGUGGUCUUAGCUCGACAUUGCAGCACUUGAACUUAGCCCAUAGACCUCCUCGGCUGGCUUGCACAAGCUCACACAUGAUCUCUGCAAUCACCAGCUAUCACCAUUCAUAAUUAUCACUCAGUGCCUCCCGUCCUGCAUGCCACAAUCUGCCAUGCAGGAAUAAGAGUUUUGAUGGCCUGCUUACAGUCAGAAGAUAUUCAGUUAGGUGUUCCAUCCACCGUGUGGUCCAUAGAAAUCAAUAAUUCCUCACUUGUUUAGGGAAAGUCCCUCAGUUUACUUGCAUGAAGAUGUUCAGUGUCUAGAUGUAGUCCGGUUGCUUAGUAUGCACUUGUUGAUCCGUCCAGCUUCACAGUUAUAUUUGCUGAUUGCCGAAUUGCAUCAUAUUCAAUGCACCCACUGAUCCUGGCACUCCCAUUCCAGCUCGCCGCAAGCUCUCCUUCUGGUCAUGAUAACAAUUAUAAGUUUGCCAAGUGGCUCAUAAGUCUAAUUUUGCUUUGCAUCUAUGCUUCCCAGUGGUUCGUGCACAGGCUAUAAUGUGUAUACCACGCACAGACCCUGGAAAGUGGAAUGGCCGCUGACAUAGCAUCAUCAUUAUCUCGUGAACAGACAGAUGUCAUGUAAUCGUGGUAUUUGGCAUUCA